UGAAGCCACUCGGGUUUCAGGGCCAUGAAUUGAUAUGCCCAUGGGCGGCCAAGAUUGGGCAGAUGGACUUAGUGUAGAGGCUUUGCACCAGGAGGCAGAUAGCAUCCAGCAGUGGCUGGCCUCCCAUGCAGGCGAUGGCAAGCGUCGAAGGUCGCCUCAAGAUGUGGCAGGCACUUUGGCGAAUCUUGAAGGUCAACUUGCCCGGUUGAAGCAGCAGCUCUCGGUGCGUUCAGAGGAGAGCCUCCGUGGUUCUGCAGAGGCCCCUGCCGCAGCUGGUGCAGCUUCCGCCAGCGUGCGCUCCCGGCGGCCAACCUUGGCGGAAGCCAGAGCUCAGCAGGACAUCCUGCAACUUCUUCAGGGUACUGCAGAGUCGCUUGAGGCUGGAAUGCCAGAAGCCACUUCUCCAGCUAUUGAGGCACCACACUUGGAACAGCUUCACGCGCAGCUCCAAGAUCUCCGCGGCCGCUACAUCGAAAUGCUGGGCCGAUGUGAGGAGUUCCGAGACCAGCUUUGCGCCUCACAAGCCAAGAAGGAGGCCCAGCGCACGGCGGGGGACCAGAAACGCCGCAGCUGGGAGAAGCUGGUGGCCGAGCAUCAACUGCUGGUGGAUCAAGGUGAAGCUGAGAUUGAGCGUUUGCGUCAUGAGGUGGAGGAAGCACAAGGACGACAAGAGAAGGUCCAACAGGAACGUGAGAGACUGGAACGUGCAGCCAGGCAAGAUCAAGCCACUUUGAAGCAGCUGCAACUGCGUUUGAAGCUGCGUCAAGUGGAAGCCAGGAGAGCGAGACCGGGCUGAUGCGGGUGAUCCAGGCUCUUGCCUGGUAGCUGCUGAAAGUGGCUGGAAAAUCCGCUAGACAUGGAGAUGCACAUGGGAAAAGAAUGUCGAAACGGGGAUGCAUGGGGAUUUGAAUUGGUGAAUACCCU